GAAAUUGGUGCGAACGGAAUCGGUCAUCCUCGCAUUCCUGGCUCAGUCCCAGUUCUCCCCAUGGGAAUUGUGCCCACAAGACAACGAUUGUCUUCAGUUACUCGUGCACCUCAAUUACCUCCCCUGGCUGCUGCUGCUGCUGCACGCGGCGAUUGUGAAGCAACCACUCCGAUUACAGGUGAGCUUGAAUCCUCAGGGCCGCCGGAAACUUGUCCACGGUUAGUUAACGGACCCAGGGUGUCAGACACGACUGACAAUACCGGUGUCUAUUCCGAGGAGCGUAGCAGCGGCGACUUCAAGCUCAACAUGACGGACAAUAAUUGUUUGCCAACCAUCCCCAACUCGGUUAACCCGGAAAUGCUCGAGGCGGACACAAACGCCAUUCAGUCCGUAUCACAUUCCGAUCCCGGUUAG